AUGGAGCUUCUAAGAGGAAAACCAGAAAAUUCAUUUGCUCAACUACCAAGAUAUUUUUACAUGAUACAGCAAACAAAUCUAGGUUCAGUUGUAAUGUUGAAAAAAGAUGAGAAUAAUUCAUUUCUCUAUGCUUUCAUGUCACUAAAGGCAUCAAUAAGUGGAUGGAAUCACUGUAUUCCUAUUAUGAUUGUGGAUGGAACCUUUUUGAAAAGUCCAUAUGGAGGAAAAAUAUUCCCCCUUGCAUUUGCAGUUACUGAUUCAGAAAAUGAUGCAUCGUGGAAUUGGUUUUUUACUAACAUCAAAUCUGUGUUUGGUAUAAGAGAAGAAAUGUGUAUAAUUUCAGAUAGACAUGACAGCAUCAAAAAAGCAAUAGAGAGUGUUUUUGAAGGAGAAGUUCAACAUGACAUUUGCAUUUAUCAUUUACUGAAUAAUGUGAAAUACAAAUUCAAGAAAAAGAACAAAAAAAUUAAAGAUCUGUUCAUGGCAGCAGCAAGAGCUUAUACAAAAACAGAGUUCAAAAUACAUAUGGACAAACUACACAAGACCAGUCCAAAACUUACAGAAUAUCUCAAUGGGGUUGGAUUGAAAAAGUGGGCAGUAUCACAAUUUGUGAACAAAAGGUACAAUAUUUUGACAUCUAAUACAACAGAGUCAUUUAAUGCAGCAGUUAACAGAGCAAGAGAAUUACCAGUUACAAUGCUUAUGGAAUACUUAAGGAACUUGGUUCAAAGAUGGAGCUGCAAAAACAAAAAUCUUGCUAAAGAAACUUUCACAAAGUUGUCAACUAAAUAUGAAACUCUUUUUAGGGAAAACUACUUAGAAUCAAUGGAACUCAAGGUGGAUGGAACUUCAGAUGAAUACAUAUUCAGUGUGAUUAACUUGGGAAGUACUUUUACUGUUAACAUGAAGGAUAUGACUUGCACAUGCAACAAAUUUCAAGUAGAUAUGCUUCCUUGUAGGCAUGCUUCUGCUGUAUGUUAUGACAAGCAUCAAGACCCGCAUGAAUACUGCUCAAAUUACUUCACAAAUGAAGAGAUGCUUGCUACAUAUGAAGAAGUUGUAUACCCUGUAGAUAAAGAAGACACAUGGGAUAUACCUACUGAGGUAGAAAAUUAUAUUAUCUUACCUUCUGUUGGCAGAAUUAAAGCAGGAAAGCCAAAGAAGAGAAGAAUAAAAGGAGCAGUAGAACAACAGACACAGAACAGGUGUACAUGGUGUAGAGCUUAUGGACAUAAUCGUAAAACUUGUAGGAAUAUGCCAAAAAAGAAAUAG